AGGGGGAGGCCCCCGCAGAAAUGGGGGCGCUGCUGCUGGAAAAGGAACCCAGAGGAACCACCGAAAGAGUUCAUGGCUCUUUGGGGGACACCUCUCAUAGUGAGGAGAACCUGCCCAAGGCCAACCCCGAGCCCCUGGAGCCAGUUGGCCCCUCAUCUCCAGCUUCUGUCACUGUCACGGUUGGCGAUGAGGGGGCUGACACCCCAGCGGGAACCACACCGCUCAUUGGGGAUGACCCCGAGAGCCUGGAGGGAGAUGGGGACCUUCAUGGGGGCCGCAUCCUGCUGGGCCAUGCCACAAAGUCCUUCCCCUCUUCCCCCAGCAAAGGGGGUGCCUGUCCCAGUCGAGCCAAGAUGUCAAUGACCGGGGCUGGGAAGUCACCCCCAUCAGUCCAGAGCUUGGCCAUGAGGCUGCUGAGUAUGCCAGGGACCCAGGGGACAGCAGCAGCCGGGCCUGAACCCCCUCCAGCCACCACCAGUCCUGAGGGGCAGCCCAAAGUCCACAGAGCCAGGAAAACCAUGUCCAAACCAGGAAAUGGGCAGCCCCCCAUUCCUGAGAAGCGGCCCCCUGAAGUACAGCAUUUCCGAAUGAGUGAUGAUGUGCACUCCCUGGGGAAGGUGACCUCAGAUGUAGUCAAAAGGAGGAAGCUGAACUCUGGAAGUGGCCUGUCGGAGGAGUUGGAAUCUGCCCGGGGAGAAGUGACCCUGCAGAAGGGGGACUCGGGGUCCCUGGAGGAAUGGGAGACCGUGGUGGGGGAUGACUUCAGUCUCUAUUAUGAUUCUUAUUCUGUGGAUGAGCGAGUGGACUCUGACAGUAAGUCUGAAGUUGAAGCCCUUACUGAACAAUUAAGUGAAGAAGAGGAAGAGGAGGAGGAAGAGGAAGAAGAAGAAGAGGAAGAAGAAGAGGAAGAGGAAGAAGAGGAGGAAGAAGAUGAGGAAUCAGGCAAUCAGUCAGACAGGAGUGGCUCCAGUGGCCGGCGCAAAGCCAAGAAGAAGUGGCGGAAGGACAGCCCAUGGGUGAAGCCAACCCGGAAACGGCGGAAACGGGAGCCUCCAAGGGCCAAGGAGCCACGAGGAGUGAAUGGUGUGGGCUCCUCAGGCCCCAGUGAGUACAUGGAGGUUCCUCUGGGGUCCCUGGAGCUGCCCAGCGAGGGGACCCUCUCUCCCAACCAUGCUGGAGUGUCUAAUGACACAUCUUCGCUGGAGACUGAGCGUGGGUUUGAGGAGCUGCCCCUUUGCAGUUGCCGCAUGGAGGCGCCCAAGAUCGACCGCAUCAGUGAGAGGGCGGGGCACAAGUGCAUGGCCACAGAGAGUGUGGACGGAGAGCUGUCAGGCUGCAACACUGCCAUCCUGAAGCGGGAGACCAUGAGGCCCUCCAGCCGUGUGGCCCUGAUGGUGCUCUGUGAGACCCACCGCGCCCGUAUGGUUAAACAUCACUGCUGCCCAGGAUGUGGCUACUUCUGCACAGCAGGCACCUUCCUGGAGUGCCACCCUGACUUCCGAGUGGCCCACCGUUUCCAUAAGGCCUGUGUGUCCCAACUGAAUGGAAUGGUCUUCUGUCCCCAUUGUGGGGAAGAUGCCUCCGAGGCCCAGGAGGUGACCAUCCCCCGGGGGGAUGGGAUGGUCCCACAAGCUGGCACUGCAGCUCCUGCCCCUCCGCCCCUAGCCCAGGAUGCCCCUGGAAGAGCAGACACAUCCCAACCCAGUGCCCGGAUGCGAGGGCACGGUGAGCCCAGGCGCCUGCCCUGCGACCCUUUGGCCGAUACCAUUGACAGCUCAGGGCCCUCACUUACCCUGCCUAAUGGAGGCUGCCUCUCAGCGGUAGGACUGCCCCCUGGGCCCGGUCGGGAAGCCCUGGAAAAGGCCCUGGUCAUCCAGGAGUCAGAGAGGCGGAAGAAGCUUCGUUUCCACCCACGGCAACUGUACUUGUCAGUGAAGCAGGGAGAACUGCAGAAAGUGAUCCUGAUGCUAUUGGACAACCUGGACCCCAACUUCCAGAGUGACCAGCAGAGCAAGCGCACACCCCUACAUGCGGCUGCCCAAAAGGGCUCAGUGGAGAUCUGCCACGUGCUGCUGCAGGCUGGAGCCAACAUCAAUGCGGUAGACAAGCAGCAGCGAACGCCAUUGAUGGAGGCUGUAGUGAACAACCACCUGGAGUUGGCACGGUACAUGGUACAGCGUGGUGGCUGCGUUUACAGCAAGGAGGAGGAUGGCUCCACCUGCCUCCACCAUGCAGCCAAAAUUGGGAACCUGGAGAUGGUCAGCUUGCUGCUCAGCACGGGACAGGUGGAUGUCAAUGCCCAGGACAGUGGAGGGUGGACGCCCAUCAUCUGGGCCGCAGAGCACAAGCACAUAGAAGUGAUACGCAUGCUGCUGACACGAGGCGCUGAUGUCACCCUCACUGAUAAUGAGGAAAACAUCUGCCUGCACUGGGCCUCCUUCACCGGCAGUGCUGCCAUCGCUGAGGUCCUCCUAAAUGCCCGCUGCGACCUCCACGCUGUCAAUUACCAUGGGGACACACCCCUGCACAUUGCAGCCCGGGAGAGCUACCACGACUGUGUGCUGUUGUUCCUGUCCCGUGGGGCAAACCCUGAGCUUCGGAACAAGGAGGGAGACACGGCUUGGGACCUGACCCCCGAGCGCUCCGACGUGUGGUUUGCACUCCAGCUCAAUCGCAAGCUGCGGCUCGGAGUUGGAAACCGGGCCAUCCGAACCGAGAAGAUCAUCUGCAGGGACGUGGCUCGGGGCUAUGAGAACGUACCCAUUCCCUGUGUCAAUGGUGUGGAUGGAGAGCCCUGCCCUGAGGACUAUAAGUACAUCUCCGAGAACUGCGAGACCUCCACCAUGAACAUUGACCGCAACAUCACCCACCUACAGCACUGCACGUGUGUGGACGACUGCUCCAGCUCCAACUGCCUGUGCGGCCAGCUCAGCAUCCGGUGUUGGUAUGACAAGGAUGGGCGGCUGCUGCAGGAGUUUAACAAGAUUGAGCCCCCACUGAUUUUUGAGUGUAACCAGGCGUGCUCCUGCUGGAGGAACUGCAAAAACCGGGUGGUCCAAAGUGGCAUCAAGGUGAGACUGCAGCUCUACCGGACAGCCAAGAUGGGCUGGGGGGUCCGUGCCCUGCAGACCAUCCCCCAGGGAACCUUCAUCUGCGAGUAUGUUGGGGAGCUGAUCUCCGAUGCUGAAGCUGAUGUGAGAGAGGAUGAUUCUUAUCUCUUCGACUUAGACAACAAGGAUGGAGAGGUGUACUGCAUUGAUGCCCGUUACUAUGGCAACAUCAGCCGAUUCAUCAAUCAUCUGUGUGACCCCAACAUCAUCCCUGUCCGCGUUUUCAUGCUGCACCAAGACUUGCGGUUUCCACGCAUCGCCUUCUUCAGUUCCCGAGACAUCCGGACUGGGGAGGAGCUAGGGGGCUGCACAGAUGUCAUCUGCUGUAUCCUCUUCCUGCUCUUCAUUUUGGGUUACAUCAUGGUGGGCAUUGUGGCCUGGGUAUAUGGAGACCCCCGGCAAGUCCUCUACCCCAGGAACUCUACCGGGGCCUAUUGUGGGCUGGGAGAGAACAAAGAUAAACCGUACCUACUGUACUUCAACAUCUUCAGCUGCAUCCUGGCCACCAAUGUCAUCUCAACUGCCACAAAUGGGCUGCAGUGCCCCACUCCUCAGGUGUGUGUGUCUUCCUGCCCAAAGUCUCCAUGGACUGUGGAAUUUAAUUCCUUCUCCCAAACAGUCGGGGAGGUCUUCUAUGCUGCAAAUAGGAGCUUUUGUCGGCCAGGGGUGCCCGGGGAUAUGCCAGUACUUCAAAGCGUGCAGCAAGAGCUCUGCCCCAGUUUCCUCCUCCCCUCCAGUCCAGCUCUAGGGCGCUGUUUUCCAUGGUCCAACAGUACCCCGCCUGAACUCCCAGGAAUCAACGGCAACAUCUCCCAGGGCAUCAGUGGUCUUCUCGACACACUCAAUGCCCGUGAUAUCAGCGUUAAGAUCUUUGAAGAUUUUGCCCAGUCCUGGUAUUGGAUUCUUGUUGCCCUCGGCAUAGCUCUUGUCCUGAGCCUGCUGUUUAUCCUACUUCUGCGCCUGGUGGCUGGGCCCCUGGUGCUGGUGCUGAUCCUGGGCGUGCUGGCUGUGCUGGCGUAUGGCAUCUACCACUGCUGGGAGGAGUACCGGGUGCUGCGGGACAGAGGUGCCUCCAUCAGCCAGCUGGGCUUCACCACCAACCUCAGCGCCUACCGCAGUGUGCAGGAAACCUGGCUAGCUGCCCUGAUCGUGCUGGCUGUGCUAGAAGGUGUCCUGCUGCUGCUGCUCAUAUUUCUGCGGCAACGAAUUCGCAUCGCCAUCGCUCUCCUGAAGGAAGCCAGCAAGGCUGUGGGACAUAUGAUGUCUACCAUGUUCUACCCAUUGGUCACCUUUGUCCUCCUGCUCAUCUGCAUUGCCUACUGGGCCAUGACAGCUCUGUACCUGGCCACGUCAGGACAACCCCAGUAUGUCCUGUGGGCUCCCAAUGCAAGCUUGUCCGGCUGUGAGAAAGUGUCAAUGAAUGAAUCCUGUGACCCACUGGCCCAGCAAGUGAAUUCCUCGUGUCCAGAACUGAUGUGCGUCUUCCAGGGCUACUUGUCCACAGGCCUGGUACAGCGUUCCCUCUUCAACCUGCAAAUCUAUGGAGUCCUGGGGCUCUUCUGGACUCUCAACUGGGUACUGGCCCUAGGCCAGUGUGUCCUGGCUGGGGCCUUUGCCUCCUUCUACUGGGCCUUCCACAAGCCCCAGGACAUCCCCACCUUCCCCCUGAGUGCUGCCUUCAUUCGCACACUCCAUUACCACACUGGGUCCCUGGCCUUUGGAGCUCUCAUCCUGACCCUUGUGCAGAUGGCCCGGAUUGCUCUGGAGUACAUUGACCACAAACUGAGAAGAGCCCAGAACCCUAUAGCUCGCUGCAUCAUGUGUUGCUUCAAAUGCUGCCUCUGGUGUCUGGAAAAGUUUAUCAAAUUCCUGAACCGCAACGCAUACAUCAUGAUCGCCAUCUAUGGGAAGAAUUUCUGCGUCUCAGCCAAAAAUGCUUUCAUGCUUCUCAUGAGGAACAUUGUCAGGGUGGUUGUCCUGGAUAAAGUCACGGACCUGUUACUGCUCUUUGGGAAGCUGCUGGUGGUUGGAGGCGUCGGGGUCCUGUCCUUCUUCUUUUUCUCUGGCCGAAUCCAGGGGCUGGGUAAGGAAUUCCAGAACCCUCACCUCAACUACUAUUGGCUGCCCAUCAUGACCUGCAUCCUGGGGGCCUACGUUAUCGCCAGUGGCUUCUUCAGUGUUUUUGGCAUGUGUGUGGACACGCUCUUCCUCUGUUUCUUGGAAGACCUGGAGCGGAACGACGGGUCUCUGGACCGACCUUACUACAUGUCCAAGUCCCUUCUGCAGAUUCUGGGCAAGAAGAACGAGGCGCCCCCAGGUGACAAGAAGAGGAAGAAGAAGUGAGAGACCCAGCCUUGCUGGGUUGCACUCCACUUGUACAGCCUCCCAGUCCCACUCCGAUUUCCAGAUUACAAUUUUGUAGUAAAAGAGGUUUUA